AGAUCGAUCAAAAAAGCAACAAACACUCAAAACACAUUUCUAGAACACAAUCAAAACAAAAACAUAUUAUAAGAAAAAAUGUCGAAUAUGAUCGUCAAGAAUCAACUAAGAUCUAUAAGCUUACCUUCAAGAUCGCAUCCAAGCACGACCGGGAUCGAGAAAGCUCUUAACAAGGUUAAUUCGAUUAACACCACGACUGGUUCGUCCGAAUCAGUCUUGAUGGGCUUGGCGGGUUUGGAGGAGCUCUACAAUUGUACGGAGGAGUUUCUGAAAAUGGGCUCAACGCAACGGGUUUUGUCGUCGGAUGGAUCCGAGUUCAUGGAGGAAAUGCUUGACGGUUCGUUGAGGCUAAUGGAUAUAUGCAGCGUUUCGAGGGAUCUCAUGGUGGAGACUCACGAGCAUGUUCGUGGUGUUCAAUCAUGUCUCAGGAGAAAGAAAUUAGCCGGAGGAGGAGACCAACUCGAUGUCGUCGUCUCGGGGUAUGUCGGAUUUAGAAAGAACAUGAGAAAAGAAGCUAAGAAGCUUCUUGGAUCCUUGAAGAACAUUGAUGGAGGACUAACUUCAUCAUCAUCGGUAAAUAACGUUCAGCAAGAAGAACAUCUUGUGGCGGUUAUAAAUGUCAUGAGACAAGUAGUUUCCGUUAGCGUCUCGGUGUUGAUGUCGUUUUUGGAGUUCUUGUUGGGAAGAAGACAAAGUAACAUUAAGAGCAAGCUGGCUUCGGUACUAAAGAAAAAGAAGGUCCAUCAUGUUGAGGAGACCAAGAACGAGUUGGAGAGUUUGGAUUCCGCGAUAUGCUGUUCUUGUGAUGAUCUUCAAAAGAAGCUUGAGGAGGUUGAGAUGAGCAUCGAUGGGUUCGAGAAGAAUCUAGAAGGGUUAUUUCGAAGGUUGAUAAGAACACGAGCCUCGCUUCUCAACAUAAUAUCACAUUAGAUUUUAAAUUAUUCAUGUAAUUUAAUGUAACCAUCAGAGGCAGUCGACUUUAGAG